AAACAACACAUUGUUCGAGAAGAAAUAUAAAGUACCCCACGAAUUGUGCGAAAAUUAAAAGAUAACAAAGAAAAAAAAAAUUUUUAAAGCAAACGUAACAAGUACUAAGACGAAGAAAAUAUGCCGAAUCAGCCGUUUUUGCCAUCAAAUUUGUGGUAGCAGUCAAGUAAUACAGCAGAAGCCAGAAAAGAAGUCAGACAAAGAUUUUACUGAACGCCACAGAAAACUUAAAAGAAAAUAUAGGAAAUUCUCGCAGAACCACAAAGUGAGAAAAGGAAACGACAGUGAAAUGACAGUGAAAGUUACGAAAAACUGAAGGCCAAAAAACCGCACAAGUAAAUACAUAAACCGAGAAACUAAAUAAAAAAAUCAAGGCGAAAGGAAGGUCAUGUUAAUCACAAGAAGCAUACAUCAAUGGCACUAAAGCUUGGAACAUUACCAAUUUGGAUCGUUUGCGUUUACAAUUAACUAUAAACUACGACAAGAACUCGCAUCCCACCUAUCAUGGUGUGCCAACUAAUAUCACGUUGGGCAUGUCAGUGAACUACAUCGAUAUUGAUGAGAUAAAUGGGAAAAUGGUUUUGCACGCAUGGCUAAGGAUAAAUUGGAUGGAUGAAAAUCGUUCAUGGAACGCAGGAGAUUAUGACAACAUAACUCAAAUCCAUAUGAAACCAAAAGAAGUAUGGAAACCAGAUAUAAAACUUUUUAAUAGCGCCGGUGAAAAGAGUGACUACUUGGGUGAUACUCAAAUUCUACUGGCACAUGACGGCAGCUUUUUAUGGGUGCCGCCAGUCGUAUAUACAGCAUAUUGCAGUUUGAAUUUUCGCACUUGGCCUUAUGAUACCCAAACAUGUAAAGUGAAGGUAGGUUCCUUAGCGUUGACCUACAUCGAUUCGCGAUAUCUGCACUUGAAAGAGAGUUUAGACUACAAUGAACUCGUACAAUCGACUGAAUGGGAAAUAAUCGGGGGCGAUACGGCUUAUAGAAAACAGGAUUAUUACAAUUACAUUGAAUUUACUUUUAAACUACAGCGUCGUUCGUCAAUGUAUGCAGCGGUUAUUUUCACACCAGCUUCCUGUAUAAUACUAUUGGCACUUUCCUCGUUUUGGUUACCACCGCAAAUGGGCGAAAAAGUAAUGUUGAAUGGUGUGGUGAUUAUAUUGAUAGCCGCUUUUCUUAUGUAUUUCGCGCAACUAUUACCAAUAUUGGCUGACAACACACCGCUCGUAGUUCUUUUCUACAGCUGUAGCUUGUUACUGCUUAGUAUUUCAACGAUAAUUGCUGUGUGCGUGCUGUACUUAUCUACAGCAAAGCAUAAACGCCAUUUACCUGACUUACUGAGGGCCAUGCUCAAUGGACCAUUAAGUAAAGUACUUUUCUUAGAAAACUUCACUUUGGAGGCAGAUCCGCGUGUAACUAUGAAUAAUGGAACAAAAGAGUUGGUGGAACAUCAGUAUGAAAAUCCUGACAGUGUAACUGAUGCUGCAGGAAUAAAUGCGGCUACUUCCUCAUCUUCUAACCGAUUUGUUCAAUUUGAAUGGAUUCUGAUGGCGACAGCUAUCGACCGUAUAGCUUUCCUUUGUUAUAGCUUAACAUUCAUAAUUCUGGCUAUUCUAUAUGGUAUUUAAAGCAAAAAAUCGAUUGCAAUAUUUAUUUCUCAGACUUAUAAUUUUCUGUCGAUUAUAGAUCUAUUCAUUAAGUUAACUAUCAAUAAAUAAAGGAAAUUUAAUUGCUUAUUAAUUAGUCUAACCUGAGCCAGAUAAAUAAUUGUAGGACGGAUUAUAUCGACAACCGCCGGAACCGAAUGGGUGGUGCGUGAAUGCCAUACGUUAGAUCCCGAUAUUGAAAUCCACUGGGUGUAUAAAACAUCAAAUGAUGGAGAAGGGGCUUUCUAAUAGCGUCCACCCCUUGGUGGGCAUUAGCAAACCUCCGAGUGUACAUAUUUCUACAAUGAAAAAAUUCAUAAUAAAAAUCCAUCUGCCAUUCGGAGGUGGUAUACAACUGUAGGUCCCUCCAUUUGUGGAAGAACAUCAAGGCGCACACCACAAUAGAAGGGGGAGCUCGGACUAAUACUCAAUAAAGGGUGCAAACGCCAUAUGUGAUAUCAUAACCAAGGAAAUUCACUAACUCUUUUGACAAAAAUCAGUGCUAGAACACUGCUAGUACACCCUUUUUGGGUCUUUGGCCAAGCUCCUCUUAUUUGUAGCGUGCAUCUUGAUGUUGUUCCAUAAAUAUUAAUUAUUUAAUAUAUUUACAUAUACGGGCACUCUCUUAAUUCUCUUAUUUACUGCAUUCAUGUUUUUGG